UGAGGAAAUGACACCGCCCUCUGUUAUUGCCUCCUCGACAUGAGAGUUCUUCGGAUUCCGAGGGCUUCUCCUUCGCUCCCUUUCGGAUCCCCCUUCCACAUAAAUUUCGGCAACGAAUAGCCCUAGUUUCGAUGAUGGUUGUAUUAUAGCUGACGACAGAUUGUUUUCUCGAAAUCCGUGAUUUCGACCUUUUCCGUGCCCAAGUUUUAUUUGGAUUUCGGUUGAAUCAACUUUCUUCCGUUGGCCUGCAGAAGAAUUCGGAAACUUUGUUGAGGUUUCCGGCCGUAUGUUGUGAUCUUUCUCCGGUAAUUGGUGUGUUUAUCGUUGUAGUUAUAGGUUAUCCAGGGUUUCGCAGUAGUUUUUGGUAUGAAAUUGGAGGGGCAGUGCUCUUGAUCGAGGCCCGAAGAACCGGGAUAGAAGAACGGAAGUGAGGCCCUGGAAAAGAUGGCUCCUUUCGGUGAAACUGAGGUGGAGCUCCGUGGAGACUUGGCUGAAGAACCUUCUCGGAUCGAUUCUCCAAUUGAGACAGGAGGUGCAGAUCGAGUUCCGGAAGAGAGAGGGAGUGUCUCUCCUGCUGAAGCUGUUGACUUUUCUCCUGGGGGUGGGAAAGCUAAUGGGGAUUUAGUUGGAGGAGAGUUUUCGGUUGAUUCGCCUUUGAAUCCGAGUGGAUCUCCUUCGAGCGUGGCAGCCUCUGCGAAGGGUUAUGGAUUGAAGAAGUGGAGGAGAAUUAGGAGAGACACGAGUAAAGAUGUAACUGGCAAUGCUGAUCGUAGUAGUAAGUCAUCGACGGCUGCAAGUGCACCAAGGCUGCAGCAUGAAGUGAUUGGUUUUUUGAGGGACAGAAGCAGGGCAAGAAACAUUGGUGGAAAAGGACCGGGGGGGCAUGAUGUACAAAAAAGAGGUCAAUGGGCAAAACGAGGCAAAACCGAUGCUGGUAAGAAGAUUCGAGAAGACCAAGUUAAAAACGAGACCGAGAACUUCUAUUCAAGCAUCGAAUCUGACUUGAUGAGUUCAAACACUGCUUUUCUACAUAUGGACAGCAUGGCUAGUAAUGGGAAGCAAAGUGAGAAAUCUGUAAAUUAUGAUGGCGGCGAUGCUCAGCCAAGUGAGGAAGUAAGAUCAUGUUUCUACAAGGACAAUGGGGGAGUUGGAGCUUUGUUGAGGGAAGAUCUAGAAACCAAUCAGUCAGGAGAGAAGAAUUAUAAUAAAUUUGAGAAUAUUCAUCCAGGGUCAGAUCUUGAUCCCUUUUUAGAGUCAAUUGUUUCUCUGCAAGCAACAAAAGAAGCAUUAGAAAAUGAAAUCCGUAACUUUGGGGAAAUUGGGAAAGUCAUGAUAUUUGAUGAUGCAAAUUGCCAGUAUGAAGAAACAGAAGGAAUUAGUUCCCCAGCUGUUGAAGCCAAUUUUGUUGACCUAAAUCGGAAGAUAGAGCAGCUGGAAUGCAAGUUAGGAGAAGCUUUAACCAGUGUCAAAACCAAGGAAUCGAAGGUACUUGAGCUUAAAGCAAUUCUUAGCAGGACAGGGUGGCCAAACAAGGACAUAGAUAGCACCAACAUAUCAAGCCUCCAAGAGAAGUGCAAGGAGAUGGAGAUGGAGUUGGAGAACUUGCUUGUAAAGAAGAUAGAGGCGGAAAUUGAAUAUUUGGUCCUUACAAAAACUACUCAAAGUUGGAAAGUCGUAGCAGAAGACCACAUUGCUUCUUUAGAGCAGCAGAGAACUUUAUCUGGGGAUAAGCCAAAGGCUACGCAUAAAGUGAAGUAUGCUGAAAACGAGACUGUCAUUUUCAGGGGAGUAACUGAGGAACUAGAGAAGGAUCUGUCAGAGACCAAAGAGGUUUUGAGGUUGCAGGGUAGAGUAUUUAAGUACUCUGUUUGCUGUUUUGUCCAGAUGGUGAUCUUGUGUAUUGCCUUUGAGUUGUUUCUCUUGCACCUAUUGCCCUCAUCUAGUGGGGUCACACCCACGUAAUUUAGGAGUAUCGACCCAAUUUACUUCUGAUGUAUUGUAAGAUACCUCUGUGCACUAGGCUCUAAAGAGAAGAAGAAAGUAGUAAUUUGUUUUACAGAUAUUUUUGAAAUUUUGGGUUAGGAUAUUUGCUUAGAGAAAUCGUCUUUUCUAUUUAAUAAGGUCUUAAUUCUGUCGAUACAUAUUUUCAUUGUAUUUGGCAGACUAUCUGGUCUAGCGUAUUUAUAAUUUCUCAAAGAGAAACAUUUGCUGUAUUCAUGAUAACUACUCUCAGUGGAGUGUAGGCUAUUUUUUGCUAAACUGUAUUCAAUGAAAUCUUCUAAUGUCAUCUC